UACUCCUCAGAAAUGACAGAAACCACGAAUGACAAACAAGAUUUGAAUUGCUGAAAGCAUGAGACCAAAGAUGAUAAAAAACGUUCGUUAUGUAAUUCGUGAAAAGAUCUUUCAGGACACGGUGCAAACAAACUUUUCAUCAUGUUGGUUUAGAUAAACCACAGGCACGAGUGCGAAUAUUUGAAUUGGAACCAUAAUCAACCGAAUAAGGUUUAGUAAAAAUGACUACAUAAUGCUUGAUUUAAAUAAAUUGUUUAUAAGAUCAUUUUCUGAGCAUUCACAGCUUAACCACUAAAUCAAAUUGCAGUUGAAAAUUGUUGCAGCUAAAUCGUCAGUGCUUUCGUGUUAACAGGCUUUCAGUUGCUCACUUGCCAAAGGUUAGCUGCGGUGAUUUGAAUUGGAAGGUGACACAUGAUCUUGAAAAGCGUUUCGUGAAAAGUGGGAAAUUUGACACCAUUUGUCAUGACUGGGUUGCCCUUAUUAUGACAAAGCCUCUCGUAUUGAUUCGGAUCAAUGCGAUUUCCUACGGGGCUUGAGGAAAGCUAAACGCAGCAAAGUUCCGUCUAAUUUGGCCUUCGUCCCGCCAGAGUGGUGGCUGACAAACGAGACACCACUUUCUACAUAGUGGGUGACACACUGCUCAGAUUCACACAGUAGCAAGGCUUGGCGUGUGUAUAUUCGUAAACAACAAAUCGAGAAACCAUAAUUAUGGCUAACGUACAAUUGCAAUUUCGAAAACUAAAAUGGAACAUCGAGCACCUCACCCUUGCUCAGUUAUUAGACAAAUACCCGUUACCGCAGAUUGUAAAAAUCACUGGGGACUUCCAUGGCGAACUUCAAAAUGCGGUAUUAUUCCUGCAUUCCGUCAAACCUGUCCGGAAAGUUCAUGGUCGCUUGAGUUGCGGUAAGGGUGGACAGAUUUCGAUCCCUCUCGAUUGUGCUAGCAAAGUUGAAGUACGUUCGUCGAAUUUGAAAGAGGUUUAUGAAAGUGUCGAAGAGCUGUGUUCAGCGUUUCCACCACACGUUCGUGUUGUUAAAGGAUUUUGCCAUGAAUCUUCAGGGGAAAUUAUACUGAACGUGGGGGACAAAUUACAGUUGAAAAGCAUUGAUAAAAAGAAGAAAAAAGACAAAAAAUUGAUCUGUUUGGAUCAAAACGGCCAGAAAGUGGAACUAUCCAAGGAUUGUGUGGCAACGUUUCAACCUCUGGCCGAUGGGAUUGAGUACUACCUAGCGGAUGUUCUGAAUAAAUUCAAAAUGCCAUUGAAUGUACAAUUUGUUGAACCUUACUACAGCAUGGAUGAAGAUGCCCGGUCGGUUAAGAAACUGAUUUGUGAACCGUUUCACAAUAUCAGCCUUGAAAGAGUGUCCACUUUGGAAGCGGUUAAGGGAACGCGGAUAUAUCCUGACGGGUCGCACGAAAUGGUGCAGCUCUCGUGCGAGGCGAAUGUCAAAUUAGUUGCUUGUGACAACACGUUCAGAAAUAGCGCCGAAUACGCGAAGAUUUGCGAGACCUUCAACCAAGACGUCAACAGUGAUGAUAUUUACACAGAACCCUACGAGUAUAUCGAUGAUGAUGCCGUGAUUCAAUCACAAACAACGGAUAUAAAACCAUACCCCAAAAAGCCGAAGCCAUUUAUUCCACCGAAGCCGAAAAGCAAAAAUCCGACUGCAGUUCAACAUGAAUCCGACUCCGUUUACGACACGGUUGAUAUUGACGAACAGGAAAGCAAAGAUUCUAAGUACCCCGCAUUCAAUCCAACAUAUGCCUCUUAUCAACGAAACGAGAAUUCGGUUCUUGAACAACUCGCAAAGUGCUUAGAAAACAGACCAAAUGUACUCGAUAAACCUCACUUGCCUACGAAAGUAAUUGCACUACCACCUGUUAAAAGUCCUGAUUCCACAAACACUGGAUCGAAUCCAAAACACAUUUCCAAUCAGUAUGAGAAGCCUUUCGGUGUUGAACAACCCAUUCAGAGCUCUAAAAAUCGACCAAAAACCCUUGAUAAGCCUCGAUUGCCUAAGAAGGCAGUAACGUUACCCAAACCAACACUUCCACCAUCAUCAUUCGAACCCGAAGGUGGUAAGACCGCGAGUUUCGAGAAUUCUAACAGCAAGCCAGAUCGUGCUUCACCCUCCGUGGUCACGUCUAAAAUGAAAAAAGAAGAAAUUUACCAAGCAAUCGCUGAACAUCCACCAGAUUUGUCAGGCCUAAAUGUUGCCGACGUUGGCAGGUUAUUGGAAUACUUAGGAAUGGGAAAUCACGUUGAAAUAUUUGCCAACGAAUUGAUAGACGGUUCGAUGCUGACCAGCUUGGAUAAAUCCAAUUUAAAAUCAUUGGGUUUAAGUCCAUUUCAUGUUAUAAAGUUAUUUAAGUUUAUAAGAGGAUGGAGACCUAACUUAACACGCCUCUCAAAGUACUGAAAUGUAUUAAUACACAUCAUAUAGUAUAGUUAGUGGUCUUUCGAACAUAAUACAUGCCAUAUAGU